UUUAAACUUUUUCUACCCAGCAAACACUUGUAUUAAAAAUAGAUUGAAGAAAGACUGAUAUAGACUGUAGCUUCUCUGAUGAAUUCCCUGAAACAUUUAUGUUGGUGUUGCACAGCUGUCAAAUUUUGUGGCAGAAACUGUGAUUUUAUUCACAUUAACAAAAACAAUCUGUCUUGGUUUGAAGAAUGUUGUUAUUUGUCUUAUCUGACAAUGAUGUAAAACACUGUUUACUUUAAUCUCUUAAUAUUGAUGUCAAAAUAUCACAUUCAUUGUUGAACGUACUCUGGUAAAAAGCCACGCUGUACUGCUUUCUAUAACGAGUUUAGAUACACAAUAAAUUCUCCCUGAAGCACUCUGAAAAACAAAAGGCACCUAAAACUGUUUUUAAUGACGUCUUGAACCCGAUCACACCUGUUCCAUGGAUCCUUUGUAAAUGAUCAACUUUCCGACGAUUGUCGCUGUUCAUACCACAAAUAAAGUUUGAAGGGAAAAACACUGGGAAAAAACGCUCCGGAAAUGACCGUGUGUCAUUGAACAAAAUGGCGACUGGCGGCCAGAGUGAGUGUUCGGUGGAGAGCGGACUGUCGUGUCAGUGAGGAGGAGGAGGAGGAGGAGGAGAGGUGAAGAUGUGUAAAGUCCAAAUGCUGAGAGCGUUGGUGAAGCAGCGACUAACUGCGGCUGCUGAAGAGAUAUUUGGGCUGUUUGAAAGAACGAUAGCAGAGUACGAGGAGCAACUUUGUCGCUCAAAAGAGGAGAACGAGCGACAACGGAAACUACUGGACGCUGUUUACAACCCUCAGCUCAGGUUACACAGAGCAGACGUCCAGCAGCUGUUGGUGGUUAAAGAAGAGGUUCCCCCUGAGCAGCAGGAGUGGAGCUCCAGUGUGGACCAGGAGGACCCAGAGCCCCCACACAUUAAAGAGGAAGAGGAGGAACUGUGGAGCAGUCAGGAGGGAGAGCAGCUUCAAGGGCUGGAGGAGGCUGAUAUCACCAAGUUCACAUUCACUCCUGUCCCUGUGAAGAGUGAAGAUGAUGAAGAGGAACCUCAGUCUGAGGGACACCACUGUGGAGGACCAGGACCAGGACCAGCGCCCGGAGACGAUGACACUGAUGAUUGGACAGAGACCAGAGGACCUCAGACAGAAUUAACCCAUCUGAGUCUGAACAUGUCUGUCCCUGCCAGUGACUGUCGUGCUGACGAGAAACCCUUCAGCUGCAAUGUGUGUGGGAAAAGAUUCAUGCAGAAGGGCUACUUGAAGACACACAUGAGGACCCACACAGGAGAGAGACCGUUCGGCUGCUCCGUCUGCAGUAAGUCCUUCUCACAGAGUGGGAGUUUACAAAGACACAUGAGGACACACACUGGAGAGAAACCCUAUAUUUGCUCCGUUUGUGGGAAAGCUUUCAGCGAAACCGGAAACCUGAAGGUUCACAUUAAAACUCACACGGGAGAGAGACCAUACAGCUGCUCAGUGUGUGGGAAAGCUUUCAUUGAGAGUAUCCACCUGAAGGUGCACAUGUGGAACCACACGGGGCAGAAACCUUUCGGCUGCUCCUUGUGUGGGAAAAGAUUCCCUUGCAAUGAGAAUUUGGUGCGUCACAUGAGGACUCACACGGGAGAGAAGUCACUCGGCUGCAGCUGAUGAAGAGGACUGCAGAGGACGGGGGAGACCAGACAAGAAGUAGUCUUCAUCAAAGCCAACAGAAAAAUGUCAGCGAGUUUUAGAAACAGUAUGAGACUCUUUACUUUUACUUUUGUGUCACUUACUUGUGUUUUCACAUGACGAUCCACUCAGGAGAGAGACCGUCAACCUCAAGAGUCAGAAACAGGAAGUGAAAGCAGGAAGUGGAGCUGCUGCUGAUUAUUAAAUAUUAAAGUUAAAUAUUUAGCUGCUUAUUAUUCAGCAAUGUUUUCUCUUCAGUUUAACUCUUCAAAAUCAGACACCUGUAGAUAGCUGAGGCCUUUGUCUUCCCCAUCGCCACGUCAUGACCUCAUGUUACUGUACGUUCUGUGCAGACAUGGUACUUUGCUGUAAUGACGCCAGCAUUUCCCCAUUAUGACUGCAGGAGAUAGUUGUUUCCAUAAUCCUGUGUAUAUAUUUAUCAAAAAUAAAACCUGUAAAAGCUUGAACAUUCAGCUAAAGGCACAAAACACGCCGUUGGUGAACGCCAUGUGUCAACAAAUAGGCCUCUGUUAUUUUCAACGUACGACCCCACACUGGUGGUGGCAAGAAGUGCGUUGGUGCUCCGCCACUGUCCUGUUUCCAGCCUCGCUGCCCCCACAUUUAAAUGCAUUUUCCCCACUAGCAGCUCUUCUCUGCUCCCGUAACAGCUCGACUCCUCUCCUCAUCACAGAUGUGUAAAGACAACUCUGUAGCUGUUUCUAACGGAUGAGGAGAGACUUGAAAAACAUGCUAAACUAAAUGACCCACAAUCGUUAUGACAACCGAUCAGAUACUUCCUGUGAUUUGAAGCUUAAGCCUAGCUCACAUUACACAAUUUUCACCACGAUUUUGAUGUCGCAGAGGAUCUUGAGAGCCACUUUGGGUCGGAGGUGAGUUGGCAGGUAGACUGUCCUCAUGUGUGAACAACCCUCUGAGCCAGUCGCCACCUCGUCUGUGACUAGGACUGCAUAUCUGGCAUGCUAGAAAACAGGAGAGGUGUGACAUGACUGACAAAGAGCAUCAGCUAAUGAGAGGCGGGAUAUGUCCCACGUCAGCACACAGGAGGACGGAAUAAAUGUGAGGAGGACAAGUCGGCAAGCAACAACAACAAUAGCGGCGUCCACAGGAGCACAUAGUGCGCGUUGUGUUCGGACCCAGGCUCUGGAGGCAGAUCUGAUUCAUUUAUUUUUACUUCCACGCAAUUUAAAUAACCCACCUGUAGCCAGACAGCACAGGGUCAAGGACAGACAUUCUCUAGGGGAAAUGGCAAGCCUCAAUCUGGUGUGUUUCCUUGAGAUGUACAGCUCUACCAGCCCCAGCAAGAAAUCAAAGUCAUCCGCUGUCAUCUGUAGCAUUUCCCUAAAACCCGUUCGAUCACUCAGCUAUGACAGGUACAAUAAUCUGGGUCAGAAUACAUGCAUAGACUAUAUACAGGGAUUAAAGUUCUCCGGCACACAGCGGAUUUCCGGCGUGGCGAAAUUUCUGUCCAGCACGGGCAGAAGUGCUCUACAGUGCGAGCAUUUGACUUGCAUUUGCCCCUAAAAAUAUAUAUAUGUUCGAACCGGGAAAAUGAUUUAGGUGCACAGUGUGCGAGUAAACACAACCUACUGUUUACUGUAAUCGGCAUCGGACGUUUUUCCAUCGAUAACCGAUCAAAUAAAUGUAUUUUAAAACUCACUCCUUUUGCUCUGAUACAGCCGUCUCUCUCCCUGCCUGCAGUCCCCACUGCACUGAGCUUUGUAACAAUGUCCCGCCUACAGCCCCCUCUGAUUGGUACAUGGCACAAGUAAUAGCCAAUCAACACUGACGCCUGUGCAUGCUUUCACAUCAUGUCACAUUGAGACACAGAGCACAGACGGAGCGGGAGAGGCUCUGGUAAGCCAGCGGUAAUUUUGAAGGUGAGGUAAUAGAAACAACAUUAUGUGAUCCAUUUCAAUGAUGACAUACUUGCCCAGAGGCGAAAUUUCGACCUAACUGCCUGUUUAAUUCACAUCAAGCGCGAUACAAUUUUGCAAACAGCCUAAAUGAUUUAGCUUCUAAAAAUAAAUAGCACCAAGGCAAAAAAGAGAUGUAGGAGCUAUAAGUCAAAUAGUCUGGUAACCACUGAAAGUUUAAUCUUUAUUUAUAAACUCAUUAUACUAUAAAAGUUUAAACUGAAAAGUAACGACUAAAGCUAUAAUCUUUAUGUUCGUGUUGAUAAUAAACACGUUCCUUUGCAACACAUACAUUUGUACUCUUCAUUUUGUGACCGCAACACCAAGCCCCCUGCUCCAGAUAAGAUUUCAGAUUUCAGGCACAAAAAUCUUCCGAGCUCCACAUUUCAGGCACAAAAUUUUUUCUUGCUUUAACCCCUGCUAUAUAGACAGUACGAUGAAAGCUAAUAGGCUAGCGGCGCAGUGGCAACUGAGUUUCAUUCACAGAACUCACCUCCAACUCUCUGCAGAGUUGACAACCUGCGCAAUCUGCGUGCAGCGACCUUUUCCUUUCCCCAAAUCCCUUUCUUCGUUUCCUGUUUCUUCUCAGCGUAGAGCAGGGCACAAACGACCUGCAGAGCUCCAAGCUGUCGGACAUCCAUGUUGACAAGUAGCGCCAGGGAACUUCAUAAUAUCCUGUUUUGGUCACACGUGACAAAAUGUAGUUUGGUGUGUGUCAUGUCACAUGCCAUACAGCGGUGGCGCCGGUGUGUUUUCAGUCCGAGGCUUCUGUCUUCCUGUCAUCACAUUUCAUUGGUUAUCACCAGGCUGUAAAUGUUUUUCCACUGAUUCUCAAAAACAGCUGAGAGACGACUCAUCAGCUGUUUCCUGACGUCAGAGAAGAAAUGCUCACUGAUGGCGGUAACUGGUAAAAGACGUGGCUCGAUGAUGAUGUCAGGACUAAUUCAGGUGUUUGAGAAAUGAACAGGUGAAUUUAUUUUUUAUUAAAUAUCUAGAGAAGAAAACAGAGUGAUGUCAUCUGCAGAUUCUUGUCACCAGUUCAAUGUUGGGACCUACUGUUUUUUUGGUGUCUGAGAUGGUGCUUUCUGUUUUCGUUGUUUUCUAUUUUUUUUCCUGUUUUUUUUAUUCGUUAUUUUUUCUAUUGUGUCUUUUUUUUAACAUAUAUUUAUAUAUCCUUAAACAGCUCAGUGUCUAUAUCAGUUUUGUAAAAGCACCAUCUUUUAUUUUGUAUUUGUAUAUUUACCAGUAACUUCUGUAUUCUUCAUAUUUCCUUCUGAUCUGUGCAAACUGACGCCGCUCUCAAUAAAACCAUUGAACUAUGACAUCAUGACCUGAUAGUUGUUUCCAUGAUCCUGUAUAUGUGCUGAUAUAACACAGAAACCAACCAGCAGCAGAAAACUGA